CAACAGGCGAUCGGCAACCACUUCACUGUAGAAUGAGUAGAUUUAAAAUUUUCUAACUAGUCACAAAAUUUGUGUGAAAGUGAUCGCACGCGAAUCUGCGUUCGUGGAAUAGCGCACUUUUUUCGUAAACGCAUUGAAAAAACUACUGAAAAAGCGAGUCUUCCCAAAAGCAGAAUCGGUGUGUCGAACAGUGUUUGAGGAAUAUAAUUUUUAAUUUAUUGUGAGUGAUAUAUAAAAGGAAUAUAAUGUCUACCGCUAUAAUGCAACAGAAUACCAUGUACGAGUUCGGGGAAAAUUUGAUAAAGAAUGGCUUGUCACCCGAUCACACACAAGCAACGCACAUUUCAAUGGGCACGACACAAAUGCGGCUGACCCUCACCAGGAUGGCAUCGAGUCCCAUAGGUCAAACCAGCUCCAAUCAACUAGCUGCUAUGCUACUCGGAAACCUUACCCAGCAACAUCGAAGAUUGGAACGUACUCAAUCUGCCCCGGCUCCACCAGUAUCAGCACCUGCUGCUUCCGUUACAGCGACAACGGUCAACACGUCGAGAUACAAAACCGAACUUUGCCGUCCUUUUGAAGAGUUCGGAGUUUGUAAAUACGGGGAUAAAUGCCAGUUUGCACAUGGAAUGAACGAAUUGAGAAGUCUCGCAAGGCAUCCUAAAUAUAAAACGGAGCUUUGUCGCACAUACCACACAGUAGGCUUCUGCCCUUACGGACCACGUUGUCAUUUUGUUCACAAUCAAGAUGAAGUAACGGCCGGUAACAAACCCCAAAUGGUAUCUAAUAGGGCGGCGUCUGUAACGUCACGCACUGCUCGACCGGCUGCCCUCAGCCCAUCGCUUUCGUUGGACAGUCCUAGCCCUCCUUGCAGUUUAAGUCAGAGUCCUACCUCUUCUAUGGGAUCUUUUUUCAGCGAACCUGAACUUCAUUCUCCUGGGAUCGAAGAUCAAAGGCUACCAGUUUUCAACAGGCUCAUAGAUAGGCAGAUUAUUGCUUUAAGUGAUUUGAUGUUGUAGUGAUUUUUUUAUUUCAUUUACUUCGGAUUGAAAUGGGG